AUUUUUUAAAUGUAUAAAUGAUGUAAGAAUUGACUCAGCAUCAUUGUACAAUAAUAUAGGCAUAUUUGUGUAUGCACAUUAAAGAACUAGCUGUUUUGAGGUAGACUGAACCUUUCUGUGAAUUACUAUAACGCUAUUAUGUUCAAAAUGGGGGUUAGAAUACUCUUUGUAAUGUUUAUGUAAUGUUUAAUUCCUUUCAUUGAAACUGAUGGGUGUAUUUGGGUGUAUUUUCAGUGAUAAUACAUAGCAUAACACAAUGUAUACAUAUACUAUAAAACAUUGUUUUUUUUGUAUUCAUUUAAAUUAUAAUUUAUUAUAUAAACAAAAAUAAUACUCCUAGAAAAAAAGCAAAACAUCAGCAAAAAUUAUAAUAAUAAUAAUUUAAAAUGAAAAAAAAAGUGCGAACAAUAAACGCGCACUUCCGUUCCGUAACCGUACACUUUAACCUCUCAACAACUUCCUUUGCCAAAGACGAAAUGGCGACCUCCAUACAACGCAUUGGAAUAGCAAUAUCCCGCACAUUUCCUGUCAUUUUACAACGAAAUAUUCAAACACAGAGCAUUCGUUAUUGGAACAUAACUUCAAGUGCUGCUCCAGGACUGCGUCUGAAGUUUCGUGCUUUAUCAUCAUCAUCAUCAUCAUCAUCUGCUGCUGCUGAAAACACAGACUCAGAGACAGUGUCUAGAUAUUCAGACAGACCAUGGGAAUACUUAGAAAGUGAAGAGUACAUUGAGCGCUAUGGAUCCAAGCCUGUGUGGUCUAACUACAGAAGGAACCAUAAGGGGGGCGUCCCUCCUCAAAAGACCAGAAAGACUUGUAUUAGAGGAGAUAAGGUAUGUGGUAACCCUUGUCCCAUCUGUCGUGAUCCAAACAUCAUUGUCCAUUACAAGAAUGUGAAUCUGUUGCAGCAGUUCAUUAGUCCUCAAACAGGAAUCGUGCAUGAUCCCACUCGAACCGGUGUGUGCAUGAAACAACAGAAACUACUUAACAAGGCCAUAGAAACUGCUAGAGAUUGUGGUUUACUGGCUGUUCAGUUACCUCAUGUUGAUUACUCCAAAGAGGACUACUCAAACACUCACGGUGCUGUGGCACCAACCCCCGCCCCAUCUUCCCUCCGCUCUGGAGAACUGUGGUAUUCUUGGUAUGGUAGUAUAAAACCAGAUGAGCGAGAACUGGCAAGAGUGAAGCGGAUCUACAAAGACUACCUGAAACCAGAUGUUUGAAUCUUGUAAUAGACCUUAAUCAGUGCAGAUACCAUGUAUUUUACCAGCAUGAAAAUGAGGCAGUGAGGUAUAGACUUACUGUCUUUACAAUCGGAGGUCCUAGAUCAUGUCACUUUUAAUGUCAACUAUUUAUGGCAUUUUGUCUACUGAAAGUGUUUUGGAUGAAAGCGUUUCAUCAGAUGAAAAAUUGGUAUGUUGUUCAACAUCAACUCAUCACACGCUGUGUACUUUUAUCUCCCACAGCCUCGUUUUCAUUACUGUUCGAAAAUUGCAUAUUGCGAUAACCUGAUUACGAUUACGAUCAAAAGAGUGGUUGCAAUUUCAAAUUUGGAAGUUUCCAUAAUACUUAAUAUGAGAAAGAAGAAAAUUUAUGUUUUCCGUUCAUGUCGUUACGUUUUGUCCAUGCAAAGCUAGCAUAAUACAAGAAAUCUCAAAUAAAAGCACUGAUAAAAUUGA